CCUAGGAUCAGGUCACGUGAAGGAUUUUUGUACGACCAAUUUGGUACGACAUUCAAAAUUUAGACGCACGCCAGCGCACGUGGUGAGAACGGGUGUGCAUCAGAUUCUUUGUAUACCGCCCAAAUAACGAUGACGACAGUCGACCUGACGCUUUUGAAGUCGUGGCUCGAAGAGUUGUCCCUGGCCCAACUUUACUCCCUGGAGGAUGCCGGCCUUCCUUGGCUACCGCCGCUGCAGAAUAAGAGACGUCGUCGUGUCGUGAACGAUAUCAUUCGUGCUUUGCAAGAUGUGACGGACCAGAGCCAGCGUCUGCACUGCGUUGCUUGGCUACACUGCUGGCUACUACCGCGAAGAAGCAACCGGCCGUGGCAUGUCAUUCGCUUCGAGACAGCUUCGGUUCUUUCCAACUUUUGGAGGCUGCUGUCACGCACGGCGACGGUACUUCGAGUUCACGGCGGCGAGGUGACGCUAGCGUGGACUGUGGAAGAUGGCACCGUGUUCGCUUGUCUGCUCGUCCAGAACCUGGGGGCCCUGUCUCUUGACCACGAGGCGUUGUACAUGGUCCUGUGGCCCGGGUUGCCGAUUAUGGCGUUGUUUGCUCCGGAUCAACGUGGAAUACGCCGCUUGCUGCUGGCACUGGACAGGGCAAUGGCAGGCGCACCGGUGCAGAAGCUGGACGUGCCGUGUGGAGACCUCGAGACGGUAUUCCGCUCAUGCUUCUCGCAGCUACCAGUACAGGUUGAGCCGGGUACCCUCAAUGUUCCAAAAGUGACAAAAGAUCUGCGUGACCCACCAGCAGGUGACAAGGAUUCAAAAGAGCGUCUUGACAUGUGGAGUGCCGCUCUAGCCGAACUUGGGCCUUCUUUACGACCUGUGGACAGCUCAUACACUCUCACUGAUGGGAAGGGGACAUGGGUGCGCUUUGAAGGCCCUCAAUUGCUAGACAAGCUACGCGAUCUCUAUGUACGUGGUUUCGAUGCAAUUCUCAGCAAACACAUGCUGCCGGCUUUUCUGGGAAGUGACUAUCACAUUGUAUGAAGUGCCGAUGCCACGGAUUCCGAUUGGAUCUGCUAUGUAUAUAUUUCCAUUUGUUACAUUCUCCAUACGGUGCUGUUUCCUCGUUUGGCGGUUGCUCCUCCGGUUUGCACUGCAUAGUUUCUCAUUGCAAAUAAAAUAUUUUACUGUGGAAUGCGUAA